AUGAUUAUACAGUAUUAUUUUGUCGGAAAUGAACACGAGGUUACACCUGAACCACAUGGCAAUUCUCGUCAGCAGCAGUCAUCGGGUUAUGUAAGAACGAAACCAAGUGUUGUGGAACGGGUCAAAGAAGUGGCUCAACGUACUGGGCCUAAGGGCACUUUGCACCAAGUUAGUGAAGAGAAUGAAGGAUAUUUACGGGCUAACUCAGCGAGUGAUCUUCUUCGAAACCGUGAACAGGCUAAAAAUUGCAGGUCAAAAACCACGCAUUCUAAAAGGUCAUCAAUAAACGUGGAUUCUCUGGCUAUUCUACUGCAAGAGUGCAAGAGACAGCAACUGAGUCUUGGCCAAGAUCCAUUUAUUCGAGAUGUGACAGGUGCACCAGAACUUCGCUGUGUCUUUGCAUUCGAUUUGCAAUUGAAAGAAAUUGAAAAACUCUGUACCAAUGCAGAGAAGUUUUGCAUUUUUUCAGCAGAUCCUACGUUUAACAUAGGAAAAUUCAACGUAACAUUAACGACAUAUCGACAUUUAAAACUUAUUACACGAAGGGAAGGGCAUCGUCCUUUAAUGAUAGUACCCCUACUUGUAAGCCAAACAAAGACGUCAGAAACGUAUAAUUAUUUUUUGGGAAGCUAGUUGCUCUCAAUAAAAACCUGAAAACUCGUUCUGGCUUUUGGAACUGAUGCAGAGGAGGCAUUGGUUGAAGCAAUGAAAAAUUACAUGAACUAUGCAAUUCACUUGAAAUGUUUUGGACAUUUCCGAGAUAAUUGUAAGGCAAAGCUAAAAGAGUCGAAUAUUCCGGAGUCGGUUCAGUUGGCACAUAUUUGCUAGCUCAAUUCAAUUUUUCGGUAAAAUUGCGAUCUCUAGUAUAGGUAAUAAAUUAGUAUAGGAAAUUACACGGUUUUCGAAGAAUUAAUGAAAAAUUGCAUGCGUGUUUGGCGAAAUAUUCCAAGUAUUGACAAGUUAUAUUUUGAUAAAAUUAUGUCUCGGCAAAACUAUAUAAUUCACUUAAAUUUCGCGUCGUUUAAAAUUUGCACAUUUGUAACAAGAAAUCUCUUGAACAUCUAUUUAUGUCAACUUCAUGCGGAAUUAAUGCAAGAAAAUGCUAGAAAGAUUUAUCAUAUAAUAUUUUUGCUAUUAAAGGAUUGUUGGACUCUAAGGAUGAACUGGAAUUUUACGAAAAAUUGAAAGCUCUGGAACGGGAAUGGAAUGAGAGGGAACAUCCCUAUCUUAGAACUAACCAAAUAAAUGUCAGGAAAUAAAUGUCAAUUAAAAAUCCAUUUAUUAUAUUAAUUUAUAUUAUUAUUCCAAAAAUCAUUCUUCGCUAAUUCAACAGAAAGUUGAAAAAACAACUGAUAAGUUCUGAUAAUUGUUUUUACAGGCACAUAUGAUUGUUGAGAGCAUGCUAUCGGACGUGCGUCAAAAUGCUGGCUUGGGUAACCCACCAUCGCUUCUUUAUACCAAUGUUCCCGAGUCCGCCAAUGCUGUUAUUAAGCGUUCCGUGGAUUUUAAAGAAAGCGAAAUGUCUAGCUUUACGGUAAAAAUGGCACAGCUUAUUAAACGCUAAAAGGAGGACGUAAGAGGGGCACUAUUAAACUCAGGCCCAUAUAAGUUGGUGGAAGAAUCUGUGCAUUUACAAUUAAAUGCUGAAAAUGCUUCUCCAUGUCCACCACUCAAUGUCAAGCACAUGAAAGAAGGUUCGACUCUUAGAAUUGUCCGAAAACGUGGAAGAAGCGCAAGAAACACAGGCACAAAUACGUCACUUAUCAGUGAAACCAGAGGAAGCAAAUUUGACGAGUUUACCCGUUGAAUCGGUAAGACACGUUUUCCAAAGUGCGGAGGCGUUGUUAUCCAAAGAGAACGCCAUAGUUUUAGCACCUGGAAAUAAUAAAAUGGCUUUCAUGGUGGAAAGUAAAACAUCAAAACGUCCCCACUACGUGUUUGCAGAAAAAAACAGGAAAAAUUACGUGUGAAAAUUGUCCAGGAUGGGCUUCUGCAAAUUUGUGUAAACAUGCGGUGGCUGUGGGAGAAAAAACGCAGCAACUGGGCAAGUAUCUGGAUUGGAUUCGAAGGUGAAGUACUCCCCUUAACUUAACUACCUUAGUCACUUACGAUUCGUCCAAAGGAGUUGGAAGAAAGAAAAACAAAACAUCAACGAGUCGUCGAAUAGGUGGAAGAAGUGGAGGAAAUGCCAAAGAACCCCGUGUGAUUGUGGACAGAGUUUUGAAUACUUUACAACAAAAACAACAACAACAGCAGCUACAACAACAACAACAACAACAACAACAACAACAACAACAACAACAACAACAACAACAACAACAACAACAACAACAACAACAACAACAACAACAGCAGCAGCAACAACAACAACAACAACAACAACAACAACAACAGGAACAACAUUACGAGUCCAACAGCAACAAUGGUUGUAUCGCCAACGACAACAACGACAACGACAACAACAGAAUCAAAUAUCACCGCACGUUAACCAUCCUGGCUUAUCAGCACACUCUCCUGGUUAUCCGAAUCCACUAUAUGGCGCAUACAUGCUAUAUUUUCUUAAAUUCUGUCCCCCGCAAGUCAAAACGUGUUUUGGAUGUGGCCAAGCUCUUAAACCAGGAGGAGAAAUCGGACGAGCCCCUUGUGAUCUCGUUAUCGUUUCAAACGCCAAUCGAACAUAUUAUGAUAAUACAGGAACACUUAAUUAAGGAACGACCAGGCAAUGUUUAUUACCAUGUAAAUACCGGGUGUUUAAAGCGACAGUAA